AUGCGUACCACUGCUGCAAUUCUCUCCUUCUGGGCCCCUCUCUUCCUCAGUCUUUGUAUGGGUGCAAUUGAGGCUGCUAUAGUGGGGAAAUCAUCUCCAGCUCAGACUUUGCACAAAGCUUUUGGUCACGACAAAACUGUCCAUAGUGCAGACCACAUCACCAUUUACUCCACCACCUACAUCAUCCUGCCUCCAACUGGGACCUACAAGACUUCGGCAUCAGCCCUUCCAUCGUCUAUAAAUCCAGUUCCUGCUAGUUUCACCUCGAAGAUCACUCCUUCUAAGUCCAGCUCUCACUUUAUUGCAACUGGAUCAAGUUCUAUUGCUAUCGUUUCUGGCACUCGGCUGCCUGGCAAUUCGACAGCCUCCCCUACCUUAGUGCCAUUGGCAAAUGCUACCAGCAGUAAGGGACCAAUCUGUACUGGAUAUGUGGGCAACCGCAGUUAUUAUCGCUAUCCUCGUAGCUCAAAUUCGUUUCGUGCCCUAAGUGACAACGCUUGA